AGCUGGUCAAUUCGUCGAACAUUCCACGCGCGUAUUUAAUCUCAACCCAUUUUCCACUCUGUAUUUAAUUGCCCCCCCCACCAAAAACACGCACCACACACACACUAAAAGAUCUGCAGGAAAAAAAAAAAAGCCAAAAAAAGAAAAAAAAAAAGGUAUACUUAAAGCACAAGAUAAGCAUAUUAACUGAGUAAUUUUCACAUACCCACGUGAAGCUUCGCUGCCAUCUUCUUCUUCUUCCUCUCACGUGCGAAUCGCCUUUUAUUUUUAAUCAGUACAGAACUCCAAUUUUUUUCUCGAAGCUGCACACAAGGUGUUUGAUGAAAUGUCUGUGACGUGUGGGGUGGAGUGCGUGGUGGUUCUGGGGUGCAUGCGUUGGGCGUGGAAGCGCUGCACCUACAUCGGCUCCGACGACAGCGCCGCCUGGCCAAUCGCCACCUCCGACGAGUUCGAACCCAUCCCCCGCCUCUGCCGCAUCAUCCUAGCCAUCUACGAGCCCGACCUCCGCUCCCCCAAAUACGCCCCCGCCGCCGGCUACGGCCUCAACCCAGACUGCGUCAUCAAGCGCGUCGCCUACGAGCAAACCCUCGGCCACGCGCCGCCGUACCUCAUCUACCUCGACCACGUCAACCGGGAGAUAGUGCUCGCCAUCCGCGGCCUCAAUCUGGUGAAGGAGAGCGACUACAAACUGCUACUCGACAACAAGCUCGGUAUGCAGAUGUUCGACGGCGGGUACGUGCACCACGGCCUGUUGAAAUCGGCGAUUUGGGUUCUGAACACCGAGUCGGAGACUUUGAGGCGGCUGUGGGAGGAGAAUGGGAGCGCGUACAAGAUGGUGUUUGUGGGCCAUUCUUUGGGCUCCGGCGUUGCCGCUCUGUUGACUAUUAUUGUGGCCAACCACGGCGACAAAUUGGGCGGCGUUCCGAGGAGUUUGGUCAGGUGCUACGCGGUGGCUCCGGCGAGGUGUAUGUCGCUCAAUCUCGCGGUGAAAUACGCAGAUGUCAUACACUCUGUCGUACUGCAGGAUGAUUUCUUGCCAAGAACACCGACCCCGUUGGAAGAUGUUUUCAAGUCCAUCUUCUGCUUGCCUUGCUUAUUGUUUCUGGUGUGCCUGAGGGAUACAUUCAUACCUGAAGGUAGAAAGCUCAGAGAUCAAAGGAGACUAUAUACACCUGGUCGGAUAUAUCACAUCGUCGAAAGAAAAUUUUGCAGAUGUGGAAGGUUUCCACCGGAGGUGAGAACUGCUAUUCCAGUGGAUGGAAGAUUCGAGCAUAUUGUGUUAUCAUGCAAUGCUACCUCCGAUCAUGCUAUUAUUUGGAUCGAACGAGAGGCGCAAAAAGCCUUACAAAACUUGAAAGAGCUAAGUACAGAGACCGUAACCACACCGCCAAAAAUGCAGAAACUCGAUAGGAAGCUGACAUUAGAAAAAGAACACAAAGACGCGUUGGAAAGAGCCGUAAGUUUGAAUAUACCUCACGCUGUAAUUCCCGGUGAAGAAGAAUCUUCCGGAAACACUGAAGAGGGAUCUUCUUCUUCGGUGGAGAAAAGUGUGGAAGCUUCUUCUCAUGAUGGAAAAACGCAGCACUCCUCGGAAAUAGAAAAAUCGUGUUGCAAAAACGCUAGGACCAAUUGGAAUGAAGUAGCGGAGAAGCUUUUCAAGAGAAAUGAAUCCGGAAAAAUGCUGUUGAAUAGAGAUGUCUCCGACUUUGUUACAUAAAAACUACUAAUGAUUCUUAUAGAUAAUUCAUCUUCCGUAUUAGUUUUUUGUUGUAUUUCCUACCAUUCUUUAAUGUAUACAAGCCUGUACAAAAUACUGAUCCUUUUGGUUUGUAUAUUGUAUAUAGGGUGAAAAAGUUGUCUUUUGGCAUGAGAGAAUAUGAGAGAAUAUAGAGGGUGUUUGGC